GUUUCGAGUUCGAUGAUCAUUGCUCUGAUACCUCUCUGAAAGAAGGAUUGCUGGUGUAAAUGUGCGAAUCUUCUGAAGCAACAAGCUUGAUCCUGCAGAAUGUAGCCUAUAGGCCAUCACUAUGUUUACGCGCUUUGCAAACAACUCUACUAUUAACAAUUGUUUCGCAAUUGAAUCAGUUAUUCAACAGUCCAUGAUUAAGACUUUGCCAUAAUGGCGCAAGUUUCUCGAGAUGCGGCCUUGCAUGGAAGCUUCGAUGUUUCAAUGGACCUUGAAACACCCAUGAAGACUAUAUCGGAAGAGCAAUUAACACCUCGCAGAUCUGAAAGGAAAAGGGCUCUGUUCCCCUCAGCAAGCCCUCAGACAAGUGACUUGGGUCACAUGUCUCCACUUGGUUCUUCUCCAGAACGUUACAGUUCAGCUCCUGCAUCACCUGAUUCUACUACAUUCAGCCCUAUUAGAAAGACUUCAGGGCCAAUAUCGCCAUUUGGCCGUAAGCCUUCUACAUCCAGGGCUUUGUAUAAAGAUUCUCCACGUAAGCAGUUUGCACUGCUGCUUGCUGAUGUUGUCAAUCAACCCAAGAACAAAUCUGGAAUAGUAAAGAUUUCUAAGAGUAAACAAAAUGGUAUAAAACCAGUGGAAGAUCCCAAUGAAAUUGUGCCUGCCGAUCAGCUUGAACAGACUGUUUUGUCAGUAAUGGAUGAAAGUGACUGUGCAGAGUCUCCACUUGCACAUCGCACACCCAGCGCUACUCCCAAAAGCAAUGAAUUGGUCAGGGCUGUUUCUGACCUUGCAGCUUCACAGCCUCUGACUCCUUCCAAACGCCGUAGUAUGCCUGCCUCUGGUUCAGGUUCAGUCACCUCGGCAUCUCCUAGUAGCCCAGAGAAGAGACGCCAUACUAUUGAAGGCCGAUCAAGAAGUGCUGGAGCGGAAUUACCUCGUGCUCGCACAUCUCUAUUUCCUGGCGUUUCUCGUUCAGUUGGUAGUAAGAGAGUUAGAGAUGAUGGUAUAUAUCUGACUGGUCGCUCUACAAAGCGCAGGAAGAUGAAUGGAGAAAUAAAUGCAGGGGUACGAACUGGAAUUCGCCGUCCUCCAAAGACCAAGCCUAAAGUGAACCAACCCUCGAAAAAGCAAGGGAAAGUGAAGUCCAUUUGGGAUGUUGCACCAAAGUCUAAUAGAAAGAAAAGUAUAUCUCCUAUAAAAGUGCCAAAGAUGAGUAUGUUGGCCAUCCCAGUGAAAAAGUCAGAUGAGGAAUUAGCUGAAGUGUCGGCCUCCGCUUUCUUGCGAGUGCGUUCCAAGAGGGCUAAACCUGAAGAAGACACAGCUUCCGAAUCAGAACAGGAGGCAAUGGACUCACCUCCGCCAGACCCAACUAAGCGAAUCUUCAAGACGGGGAACAUCAAGAGCCGCACCGCCACCAUCACUAUAUCAAAAAAUAUAAGGAUUAAAAUUCACAAGGGCAAAUUUACUGUUGACAAGUCCUCACCUGCUCCUCCACCUAAGCGCAGGAGGAAGUUGUACAGUCAUGACAAACAGAUUGAAUCUAUCAAAGCAUUUGAUGACAAUGAAGAGGAUGUUGCUGCUAGUACAAGAAAUGAUGUUCAAAACAUUCUGGAAAAAUUAGAAGAGGACAAAUGUAACUCACCAGAGUCCGUUGCACCAGUCGUCUCUUCCAUGAACUCAACUGAAGAAACUUCCCACCCGAAUGGUUCAUAUACUGAUGCUAUGCCAACUAGUCCAGGGAAAUCUUCCACCGACGUUGUUCUGAGUAGUCCAGUGAAAUCUUCCACUAAUGUUGUUCCAAGCAGUCCUGAGAGAUCUUCUGAGAGGCCCUCUGAGGAUAGUUUGUUGAGUCCUCUGAGCCAGCUGGCCUCCUCCACUUCCACUCUCAGCAUCAAUGUUGGUGGUGAUACUUUGCACUUGACUGAAUCUCAGGUUCAGACUUUAUCUGCUGUGCCUGAUGUUAUCAUGGAAGAUGAUGACCUGCCACUUUGUGAACCCUUACCAGAGGAUGAUGGCAAUCCUGAAUCAAACGAGACAAAGGAAAACGAAAACUCUUCAGAACUGGAUUCAACACCAGUGAAAUAUUUCCCUAUCUUUGAUUCCAACUUUUCUCAUCAAAAAGCACAGCUGUCCCCAAAUGUUAUGCAAAAACGAAGGCGAUCACUUUUACGCCCUAUUGGAAAUGAUCAGUACCAGUUGGAUGCUGGUCAGAAACGCUUUGGGGCCACUGAGUGCAGUACAUGUUCCGCUAUUUAUCAAAUGGGUGAACCCGAGGAUGAGCUUGCCCACCAGGAGUUUCACAAUGCUGUCAAGGAUCUUAAAUUUAUGGGAUGGAAAAAUGAGCGUAUUGUUGGACUUGAUGGUAGAAAUAGGGUGGUAGUAGUACGACCAGGAGAUCCCAAAGCAUGGUGGUCCAAAGCUUUGGAUGUUUUGAGAGUGGUUGACAAAGACCUAGGGUUUGCUGAAGGUGUCCAAUGUGAUCCCAACCACUCUAUGGUGUUUUUGUACAUAUCUGAGAAAAGCGUUGUUGGCUGUCUGCUAGCAGUUCCAGUCAAAAAUGCCAACAAAAUGCUGGAAACAAGCCUUGAAGCAGAAGGUAUUGAUUGUUGCACUGCUGAGGAGUACCCUGUCAAGUGUGGUGUUAGCCGCAUUUGGGUUCACAGACCCAACAGACGUGCUAAUGUUGCCAGGCAAUUGAUGGAUUGCAUGAGGAAAAAUUUUAUUUUUGGACAUGUAUUGACUUUGGAAGAGAUUGCGUUUUCUUCCCCCACUGUCCUGGGAAAAGUAUUUGCUGAACAUUACACAGGACGCAAGGACUAUUUUGUAUACACCAAUGCAUGAUUAAGCUGAUUGAUUACUUUUCCUUUUUUUAUGACCGAUGCCUUCUCUUUAGGAAUAGCCUUUUUGAACACUCUUUAUAUUGAUUAUUUUGUUGACGUACAUAAUUUGAUAUGAGCAUGUGUGAAGCAUUUCUAUGCUAAUUAUUUAUAUUCAGUACUUGUGUGAUUGAAACAAGCUUGGUAUGUUUCAUCAAUAAAAGUUUGACAUAAA